AUGGACACCCUUCAAGAUCUCAUACUCACUGUCGACGACGACAAGAACAUUGCGGUGAUCCAGUUCAACCGACCAGCAAAACGAAAUGCAUUUUCUCAAAACACCAUCAACGAACUAGUGGUAGUUCUUGCUCACCUCGAUCACCUCGAGACAGUUCGUGCGGUUGUCAUUACUGGCCAACCAGAUGGUCACUUCUGUGCCGGCAUGGACCUCAACGAGCUUGUCCAGAUAUCCACACCCAAAGGUCAUCAACGGGCCUUUCUCAAGGAUCUCACAGAUGCCUUUGCAAGUUUCACAAAACCCAUCAUCGCUGCAGUCGUGGGAUAUGCCCUGGGUGGUGGAUUUGAGAUUUCACUAGCUUGCGAUAUUAUUUAUGCGGCUGAAGAUGCCAUGUUUGGUCUCCCAGAAGUCAAGAUUGGAACGAUUCCUGGCGCUGGGGGUACACAACGCCUGGCCCGGGCAUUGGGGAAGCACAAGGCUAUGGAGUUUAUCCUGACCGGCGAUCCUGCGAGCGGGUCGGAAUUUGAGCGGCUUGGCGUUGUUACCAAAGUGUUUCCCUCAUCAGAGGUCCUGCCGGCGGCCAUCAAGCUUGCGGAAAAGCUCUCGAAUCUUUCCGGUCCAGUGGUGCAAAUUGCGAAGCAAGCCGUUCUGACUGCUGAAAACACUACGCUCGAGGCUGGAAUGGUGCACGAGAAGUCAUUGUAUUAUUCAACGUUCAGCCUCGAUGAUUUUCAAGAGGGGAUAAGCUCGUUCCUGCAAAAGAGGAAGCCUACUUUCCGGCAUUCCUAG